CCUUCUUGACGUUCUCAAACCUCACAUCCUACUCAAUCCCCAACUUGCUGACCAUUCAUCCGUCAAGACAAACGCCAGAACCCUUGUGAUGUCGCUCUCCUACCUGGUCUCCACGGCCGGUCACGCCCAAGCUCAGAACGAUGAGAACCCGCACGACAUCGUGACGCUAAACCAGCUCGUCAGGCAAGGAGCUCGAGAGCUGCAAGAUCGACCUGUAGUCGGCUUCGCCGUCCCGAAAAGCACAUCAGCAUCUGGAUCUUCAUCUUCGUCGGAGAAGGACGGCUGGGGAUGUGAAGAAUAUUCCUACAAACAACUCGUCCAGCUCUCAAAGAGCUCUGCCGAAAACAUCCGCCCUCAACUGAACCUCGCUGGACAUACUUCGACGUCCCCGGAAGAGAACCAGAUCGUCUCGCUAUUAUGCCCGACCGGCCUGGAUUUCUUGGUAGCUUGGAUAGCUUGUAUGGGGCUCGGGCUCGGGGUGGUCUUCGUAGCCCCGCAAUGCUCAGCAUCGGCCGUCUCACACCUGUUGGAAUCGACGAAAUCGACACACUUGCUUUAUCACCCGCGAUACCAAGACCUAGCCGAAUCCGCCCACCAAAAAUCCCCUUCUAUCCCACUCCUUCUUCUCCCUUCCAUCUCAUCCCUCCCUGCCAUUCCCUUCGACCCAACCUGGCCACCCGAACCUCCUCACCCAGACUGUACAUCCCACAUCUUCCACACCUCAGGUACAUCCGGCACACCCAAACCCAUCCCUCAUUUCCACCGUGCCGAAGUCCUCGCCCUCCCUCGUAGAGACAUGGGACACGCCGAUACGCUCCAAUCGGCCUUUACCACCACCCCGCUUUUCCAUGGGGGAAUUUCCGACUUGUUACGGGCCUGGAUGGCUAGGAGUACGCUUUACCUCUUUCCCAGCAGUACGAGCCCGAUCACCUCCCGCUCUAUCGUGGACUCCGUCUCUGCCUGUCAAACCCAAAUCCUCUCACCAAAAGGAAGUCGGUGUCCGAUAACCUCGUUCCUCUCGGUCCCUUACAUCUUGACGCUCCUUUCCCCCGCUAGCGACCCUGAGGAUAAGAACGGUGCCACGGCCCUUUUGGCAGGGAUGGAGAUUGUCAGUACGGGGGGAGCUCCGUUGGACAAGGUUGUUGGGGACGGGUUGGUCGAGCGGGGUGUCAACCUCGUCAGCCGUCUGGGCAGCAGUGAAUGCGGGUUCCUGUUGACGUCGUACCGAGAUUUCAAGACGGACAAGGAGUGGGAAUGGUUACAUAACGAUUCCGCUUAUGCCUCUGCACUGGUGUUCGAGCCGUUCGAGGGGAGCAAGGCGGAGAUGGUGGUGACCAACGAGUGGCGUAGCAAGGUCAAAUCGAAUCGACCGGAUGGGAGCUAUGCGACGGGCGAUAUUUAUGAACGGCAUGCGACCAAGCCGAAUGUAUGGAGAUAUGCGGGUCGGGGGGACGAUGUGCUCGUCAUGUCGAACGGAGAGAAAAUGCCACCAGGACCCAUCGAGACGAUACUCCGACCUUCGAACUUAAUCGCCGACGUUCUCGUUGUCGGGAGCAACAAGCCUCAAAUCGGAUGUCUCCUCUUCCCUCGGACAUUCCCUCCACCCUCGGACCUGGUCAAACAACUCGCCAAUCUGAUCGCCCAGGCCAAUGAACAAUCUCCCUCACACGCUCAGCUUGGGGACGAAAUGUGCCUCGUCAUCUCUGAUCCCGAUCGAGCAGCCGCUCUACCAAAAAGCAGCAAAGGGACGAUCCAACGAGGAGUCGCCUACGACGUCUACAAGGACGAGAUUGACGCGUUGUACGGCGAAUCCAACGGUGCCGGUGGAGAUAAGCUAGAUAUCACCGGCGAGGAGCUGGAAAAAUGGCUCGUCGACAAGGUUGGCGAGAUCAUGGGCGAUGGCAAGCGGUACAACCAGGACGUCUUCGAUGCCGAGACCGACUUGUUCUCGUGGGGUGUGGACUCGGUCAAGGCGGCCAGGUUGAGGUUUGCCAUGAUGAAGGACCUGAAUCUGGGCGGCCAAAGCUUGCCCAUGAAUGUGGUCUUCGAAUAUAGUACCGUGCGCAGACUCGCUGCGUUAUGCUCAUCGCUUCGACAAGGAGGAGAAGUCAAGUCGAGUACCGCCGACGAACAGCACAAGAGGAUGCUCGCCUUGGUCGAAAACUAUAGCGAUUUCUCGGACGUGGCCGCGAGUAAACAACAUGACCUCGGAAGACCCUCCUCGCCAGGUGGCAAGACGAUAAUUCUGACAGGUGCCACAGGCUCUCUGGGUUCCCAUUUGCUAGCACAAUUGGCGAAUCGACCGGAAGACGAAGUCAAGCAUAUCGUCUGCCUGGUUCGGGGUGACACUACAGAGGCAGCAACAGAGCGAGUCCGUAAAGCUCUGUUCGCCCGACGACUGGUCGCCACUCCCAAACGAUAUACCGUCGUUGUUGCACGGUUAGGGAAGACGAAUCUUGGCCUUGAACAGGCGGCAUAUGAUCAACUGGUAGAUUCUGCGGACAUUAUCAUACAUGCUGCCUGGGCCGUACACUUUGGUAGCGGGCUGGAUUCUUUUGAGAACGACCACAUUCGAGGAACUCGCCAUCUGCUCGAUCUCGCCGCAGCCUCGUCGCAUCACGCAAAGCUACUUUUCUGCUCUAGCUUGGCGAGUGUGCUGAACGGCGCAAGUCUGGACGACCCGAUCCCGGAACGACUUUCUAGCAGUCCAUCGACAUCAAUACCGAUCGGAUACAGUCAAUCCAAAUGGGUGACAGAGCAGAUCUGUGGCAAGGCCGCCUCGACAGCGCUACAUGAUCGCGUACAGGUCUUGCGGAUAGGCCAGCUUUGUGGGGACGUCGAACACGGUAUCUGGAACGAGUCCGAAGGUUGGCCGUUGAUGUUGCGGACAGCGGGAACGACACGAAGACUGCCCAAGUUGAACGAGGACCCGUCUUGGCUCCCCGUCGAUAUUGCAGCUUCAGCCGUCAUGGAGAUUGCCCUCACAAACCGGCCCGACGUCCCGCUCGUCGCUCACGUCGCCAACCCGUUGCCUAACACGUGGGAGGACAUCCUGAGCGGGUUGAUCGAAGCAGACGUUUCUUUCGAGACUGUCGACGCUACCGAAUGGGUCGAAGCUGUCGACAUAUCCGAGGGGGAUGAGACAACCAAUCCGAGCAGAAAGAUGCUCUCGAUGUGGCGAGGCGCUUACGGUGACGAGAAGACUGGCAACAAACCCGCAGCACCUGUCUCAACAAGCGAAGCCGUGGCGCUCUCGCCCGCCUUGGCUUCCUGCAAACCAGUUUCGUCGGAACUGAUCAAGAAGAUGGUAGCCCAAUGGCGCGAGUCGGGAUUCAUGAACGAGUAGAUGGUGCCUUUAGAUGUCAUUAUAGAAAUGAGAGAGAUUAUAGCAUUAGUAACCUUGGAUCAGUGCUUCGAGGAUCACGAUGAUGUAUCGCUGGAAUAGGCUACAAAAGUAGAACAAGACGUCACGAAGGUCAAGCAAAUACCAAUGUGCAAGAUGCAGAUGC